UUGUGUAUGAACAUCGAUCAAGAUUAGAAAAAUCUUUACAGAAAGAAAGGCUUGAGCAUAAGAAAGCAAAAGAAGACUUUCUUGUUUAUAAAUUAGAAGCACAAGAAACAUUAAAUAAAGGAAGGCAAGAUUCCAAUAGCAGAUACAGUGCACUGAAUGUACAACACCAGAUGCUGAAGAGCCAGCAUGAAGAACUAAAGAAACAGCACUCAGAUCUGGAAGACGAGCAAAGAAGACAGGGAGAUGAUUUCAACCGAGCAAUCGAUGACCACAAGCAGCGAUACAUGCAGCUGCAGCAAGAAAAGGAACAGGAGCUGUCCAAGUUAAAAGAAUCCAUGUACAAUCUGCAAGAAGAAAACAGGCAACUGAGGAAAGCCUACCAAGAUACUCAUACUCAGCUGCAAGAUGUGAAGUUUCAGCAUAAGAAUUUAAUCUCCCAACACAACCAGCUUGUAAUGACACUGGAAGAACACAAGAGCGCACUAAACGCUGCGCAGUCUCAGGUGGAAGAAUACAGGCAGUUGAAGGACACCUUAAAAAAGAUGCCCAGUUUCCAGAAACCUGAAAAAUUUGAGCUGCCACAUGGUUUGCCUGUGACACCUGUGCCUUCUCCUCUGAGUGAUUCCAAAAUACAUGGCACAGAUGCAGCUAAAGAGCAAAAAGAGAUUAUGCAAAAUGCUGAGCAGCCACAAGGGGGAGAAGAAGCUGUUAAAGUAAUCCCUAGGGAAGGAAGAGAACAGACAGCAGAACUUUUUCAUCCUGACAGAAAAGUGAUGGAAGGUCAUGUGCCGCGGGAAUUAAAUAUUCAGGAAAAGCAAGAAGCGGGAGAAGAUGAGGAGCAACACGCUGAGCAAGAUGAAGAAGAGCAGAAAAAGGAACUAGAAGAAGAAGAAAUGGAGCAAGCUGGGCAACCAGAACACUUAACAGAUGAUCUUGACCAAAUCCCAGAAGAGCAUGAAUGGAAGGAGAAAGAACAGACUGAAGAAGAAACCAACACCGUCGGGGAACACAGCCAUUCACAGGAACCACCAACAGUAAAGACUGUAACCAGGUACAAAUCGCCUUAUGAACAGCAGCUGGAACAACAGAAGUUGGCUGCCCAAAGAGCAGAAGAAGCCAGUCGCCUAAGAGAACGUCAGGAGGCUCUGCAUCAGGAGAGGCUUCAGGAGCAGCUGCACCGGCAGCAGCAACUUCAAGAGAGAGAGCUGAUGCUGCGGAGGCAGGCAGAGCAGGAUGAAGCACAGUUUAAGCACCAGCUCAGCCAGCAAUCCCAUUAUGACAACGUAGAUCAGGAUGUUGUGCAAGGAGAACCAGGUGCUCAUGAAGAAGAUGAAAAUUAUGAGCGACAGAACCAGCAUCCAAGCAGAGUAGAAGAAGAUGAUCAUAAUAAUGCAAAUGAGCAACAGGAUCCAGAACUGGAGGAUCAGCCAGAGAACAAACAGACUGAAGAACCGAAGACAGCUGUGGAUGAUAUCAACCCAGCUGAUGAUCCCAACAAUCAGGGAGAAGAUGAGUUUGAAGAAGCAGAGCAAGAGAGGGAAGAGAAUCUACCUGAAGAGAAUAAGGAGCUAAAACCAAAUAACCAGAAACAACAGAAUUCUGAAAUGGAAGAGCAUUUGGUGGUGGUGGGCAACCCGGAUCAGCAGGAAGACAAUGUUGAUGAGCAGUACCAGGAAGAGGGAGAAGAAGAGGCCCAAGGAGAUCUGCCUGAGGAGAAGAAGAGGGGGUUGGAACACAAUGGUGAAGAUCCAUACGGUGAAAAUGAUGAAAAUGCUGAAGAAAAGAUGAGUGAAGGAGUUGAUCAGGAGGAAGAUGUUCAGGAAGGAAAGCAACAGAAAGAAGGACAUGAUGAAAACUAUGAAGAAGAGGAGGAAGAAGAGGAGGAAGAAGGUGCUGCUGUUGCAGCAAAAGCCCACAGACGAGGGGAAAUGUAAUUCUGGGAUUGUUUCCCAAUGCUGUGUGGGAGAAAAAGGGACGGAGGGAGAGCGAAAUUGUGUAGAUGCUAGAGAAAGACAGAACAAGCCUUUAAAAAAAAUGAAUAUAUUACAUUUUUUUUUUAUUGGAGGUUUUUGUGCAUUUAUAUGGUUACAGUGCU